AUGGCAAAGCGCAAUGCAAAACGGGAGCCUGUGAAAGAGGUUGAGUCUGAAAGUGAAGAUGAGCUUGAAGAACUCAACUUGGACGAUGAAGCAAGCUCGGACGACGCGGACAGCGAUGUCGACGCCGACGGCGAGGACGAGAGUGACGAGGAGGAGGACGCAGGCACAGCUUCAGACGCAGGCGAAGACGACGAAAUUGAUGACGCCAUACUGGAGCUUAUGGCUGCCCAGGCUGAGCGAGCGCAAAGGAGGGCCGCCGCCAGGACGACAGCUUCAGAAGGCGAUGAGCCGGAAGAAAGGCGAGCAGCCCGGCCGCGUUUCCAAUUACAAGCUUUCACGCCGCUACAGGCCUCCACACGAACCGUAGGGAAGUCGCGAAUGGCCGCCACCGCAGCGGCAGUAGCAGCCGAUGAGGAAGGAGCGGCAGUAGCAGCCGAUGAGGAAGGAGCGGCAGUAGCAGCCGGGAGAGGGGCUGGGGGUGAGGGGGGGCCCGGGGCGGAAGAGGGGGAUGCUGACGAGCGAGGGGAAGGACGUGUUCCGGAUCCAGGCAGCGAUUCCAGCGAGGACGAGCGACCUAACCGAAAUACCGUUGGUGCGGUGCCCCUGGAGUGGUACAAGGACGAGGAACACAUUGGUUACGACAUUGACGGCCGCCGGAUCGCACGGUCUGUACGGAAAGACAAGCUGCAGCAGCUGCUGGACCGAAACGACUCCAAAAAGGUGAAUCCGUACGAGCCGUACAAUGACUACUUCAGCCGGGAGAGGGAGAUGAUGCCCAUUGUGGACCGGCCCGAACCCAAGAGCCGAUUCGUGCCGUCCAAAUGGGAGGAGAAAAAAAUUGUGAAGCUGGUGCGGGCCAUCCGUAAGGGCUGGAUCCGCAUAGGGCCCCAGAAGCUCCGCGACCCCGAAGAUCUAGAAGAUUCCCAGCCGCCCGCCUACUUGCUGUGGGCGGAUGACGGGACCGUGGAGGGCGGGGAGGGGGGCCCGGGGGGGAGGAGCGGCAGCGGGUUGACCUACAUUCCGGCUCCGAAACCGCAGUUGCCGGGUCACGCGGAUUCGUACAACCCCCCGGCGGAGUACCUUCCCACGGAGGAGGAGAUGUCCGCCUGGCGGCUAGCCGACCCGGAGGACCGCCCCCGCCACCUGCCCACCGCCUUCCCCUCCCUGCGUGCCGUACCGGCGUACGGCGACUUCAUCAAGGAGCGGUUUGAGAGGUGUCUGGACUUGUACCUGUGCCCGAGAGUCCGGAGGAAGAGUGGGGGCCAGGACGGAACCAUGAGGCUGUGGGAGGUCCGUACAGGUCGUUGUUGGCGCACAUGGCAGUUGGGUGCGGGCCCCGUUGCGGCCGUGUCUUGGUGCCCCAACCCGGCUCUCCGGCUGGUCAGCGGUGUGGUGGGUAGCAGUGUGGUGCUGGUGGGCAGCGGCACGGGGGCGGAGGAGGCGGAGGAGGCGGCGGCGCAGGUGCUGCAGGUUGCGAGCACUAGCGGACGACAUGGCGCCGAUGACCAGGGCGCCACUGACCCAGGGGUCGGUCCCGAGCCAUCUCCAGGCGAGUUGGCCGUGUGGCGGUCCCGUGGGUCGGCAGUUGGCGGAGGGCUGGAGAUACGACUGAGGUUCCCGGUCAAGUCGCUGAGCUGGCACUCCCGGGGCGACUACUUUGCGAGUGUGGCACCGGCGGGGAACACACAGGCAGUUGUCGUACACCAGCUGAGUAAGAGGGCAUCCCAGAACCCGUUCCGUAAGAACCGGGGGCGGGUGGUGCGGGUGGCCUUCCACCCCUCCAAACCCUUCUUCUUCGUGGCGACACAAAACCACGUACGGGUGUACAACCUCGCCAAGCAGGCUCUUGCCAAGAAGCUGCUGGGGGGAGCGCCACCCUAUCCUUGCGAGUCCUGCCGCCGCCCGGUUUCGUUAUCCAACCACCAUCUGGUAUACAGCCUGGUCCAGGCCCUAUGCGGAAAUGUGUUUUACGGCAUGGUGUACGGCGACUUGCUGACCAACCCGCUCAUCGUCCCCGUCAAGAUCUUGCGCGGGGACCACUCGGUGGUCCGCAGUGAGGGGGUGCUGGACUGCGCCUUCCACCCCAACCAGCCCUGGAUAUUUACUGCGGGAGCGGAUGCCAAGAUCUUGCUGUACUGCAACUGA